UGUGAGGAUGCGGGCUGCUCUCUGACCUGUAUUGAAUAAAGCAUCCAUCAGCUCAGACUCCACAGCACAAAGCAGCUGCAGCCCAGAGCUUCUCCUCCACAGAGCCGCCGAGCCGAGCUACUCUCAGCACGCACAGCCUGAGGAGAGGAGCACGGGGAGGCUGAAGGCUGAAGAGAUGCAGACUGAUGCAGCUCGAAUGCUGUGAAGAAGUUGUUUUUUUCGGGAUUAUGGGAACAGCGGGUUGUGCUGCAGCAGAGCACCGGAGCUCGUAGCAGGCUGGUCGGAUUGGGAGCCCGUGUGCGGACAACUCUUCACCCAGACACCGCAGCUGCAGCUCUCCCGAAACAAAGACAGUAGAUUGAGGGUUUAAUGGAGAUCAGGUCGAAUGACAGCGGGAACUGUCGUCAUAACUGGAGGAAUACUCGCAACGGUGAUACUGCUGUGUAUCAUUGUAGUGCUUUGCUACUGCCGACUCCAGUAUUACUGCUGUAAGAAGAAUGGGUCUGAUCCCGACUCCACCUCCUGUUCUCAGGCUCAUUUGGCCUGCGACUCCUGCAGCCCACCCAGGCCGGACGGGUCUGGUGUUACGCCCCUGUCCCUUUCGGCCCGCAGCUUCUGCCCCACUUGCUCACCCUAUGGCUCGUCUUACUACAUCCGCGCCACGGACGAGACGCGCAACGGGGCAGAGCGCAUCGGCUACAUGCCCGGUCAGCAUGACAGCCCAUCUCUGUCCCUCACGCUGCCCUCCACACACAGCACCUCGCUGAGCUCCCACACCCUGCCAGACUUCUACUCCAACACUCGCGCCAUCAGCACAGACGUCUGACCAGUGGUCGGAAAGUUACAGGCCGUAUAAGGUGUUGUUUCUGGCCAAGACCGCUGAAGUACAGAGUACACUGGGGUACAAGGGCACCAGGAAGAUUCCCAGGAAGAUUUAUGGACACUGAUGUUCAUGAUUGAUACACUGCUACAUGCUAACGUUGAACUUGCAUCUUCUGUAAAAAGUCUGGAAGACUUCAGUUGACAGCUGAUACAUGUGCUUUCUGAAAGGAAACAGCUCCCCGUACCAGCAGGUGGCAGUAGUCUGUAUUUGUAACUAAAAAAAAUGAAAAGAAUCAGUAAGACAAACAAACUAGCCUAGCCUAGUGUGGACCCUGAUGUUCUGGCUAGCCUAGAUUGUUUGCUUUGCUCACUAAUGUUCCUUUUUUGUGCACCGAUUAGGUAAACACAACUCCCUCAAGGCCAGCAGUGACUAAAAUCUAUGGACGACACUCAGCCACAGACGCUCAAUGACAACUGGUUUGGUGUGUCCGUCACUUGGCUCAGAUUUGGGGAAAAAGGCCCCUGCUGCCCCAGGAACUCAUUACCUUUGGUUGCCCAGGUUGGCUGUCUUGAGAUAUCUAAGCGUAGGAUUCCUGAUUUUACUGAAUGAGGGCUAUCCAACAUGAUGUCUCAUCUGCUGCUGUUGGAGUUUUCUAUGUUUGCCACAAUUAAAAACAAUCAAGUAUUCACCUCCUUAUUAAUAGCAGUUUUUAAUAGACAGAGUAGGAACAAUCAAGGACACUACUUCCAAUGAAAAACAGCAAAGGACUACGUACCCAGAGCUUUCUCUAUGCAAGGUCAGUGUGGUCAAACAGUGAGAAAAGCAGCCCCACAUUUUUCUACCUUUUAGCAAAAGGCAAAAUCAAAUCGAAAGACACAAAUUCCCAAAACCUUGUCUUCUUUUGCAGUCGUUUUGAGUGCUGAACGACAUCUGCUAACAAAGAAGGAACUGGUUAAAAAGAGUAAGAAAAUAUUCAGCAUCUGUACUUUUAAAACAAGGUGAAAACACUUUACUCUUACAAUGGUUUGCAGUUAUUUUUAUCAGGUGAGUUUCCCAGAAGUUGGUUUUGCUGAAAUUGGGAGUUCCCUGAUGACAUAAUCAGCUAUUUCUGAAUCUGUUUUUGUUUAUGUUACAUAUGAAAUACAGUUAAUGGUUCACAUUUCUGAUUUAUAAUAGGAGGGUUUUGCCUCGUGUAUAUUGAGUUCCAAUUUUAGUCCUAGAAUUCUUAAAUUCCUGAUUGUGGCUUUAAUGUUUACUGACAUUUAAUGUUUUUUACUCUAUGAAAUAACAAAAUAGUAGCCAAUCUUGGAAAAAAUGUUAUUGUGUAUAUAUUGUGUCUUUCCAAAGAGGUUACAGUAGACAGACACUGUAAAGGGAGGGGAACUUUGGCUGCUUAUGCUGAUUCAUUUACGGAUGUGUGGUCUGCUUUUAUUCAAGCUUUUAGAUUGAUACAAGAUAGGAAAAGGAAAAGCUGUGCAGUUUGAACAUGAAUGAAAUUUGGAGCAUCCAGCAGCGCUGUUGUUUUGAGCACCAAUGCCUGUUAAAUCUCUUGAAAAUCUUAACUUACUAUUUUUCCCUUACCUAAAGUGAUGUAAGACACUGGUCAUGUAUGAAUUAAUCCAAACGAAUGCACUUGAACAUGUUUUUGUAGGAAAACCAGACCAAACUGACAUUUAAUCUGGCCAAAAAUGUUCAAUUAAUUUAUGGAACUGUGUUAUGAAGAAGUAUACUUGAUUUCAAUAUUGUGUUAUUGGUAUAUGUUUGAGGACAAAUAACACAUGAUAACGCAUGAUACACAUAAAAUUACAUCACACUUAUUUAUUUGUUAACACUUUUAUUUCACGUUCUGAAGUAAUGUGUGUAUUGGAAAGAGGCACCCCAUUGAAACUCUUGUUUAUCACGUGGAGAGGCUUAUUUUAAUGUAUUAUGUUUUUUUCAGUUUCCAAUAUGAGUAAUAGUUUGAAAGUGGAUGGAAACAGCAAAGCAAAAAAAUAAAGAUCAUUAUUAAACUGA